AACUGAUAACUUUUUAACUUAUUUCUGUAGGGAAGUCCUACUCUCACCAGGAGAUGCCAUAUUUCAAUCGGGAAUUCCCAGUGUUGGGUGGUGGAAACUCUGUGGAAAGGUUGCCACCACACAUGGAAGGAAAGGAUCCCCCUCCCACACAGCAUGGUCAGAGACCUAUGAUGCGCAACAUGCACGAGCCUGCCUGGAUGGAACGCAGUGGCCCAGGUCCCUCACCUUCAGAUUAUGGGCCUGGAAGAGAAAGAACAGAUGUUUACAAUGGGGGACCAGGACCUGGAUAUGGGGGAGGACAUCAAUAUAGGAGGCCUCCAGAUUAUCAGCAUGGUACACAUGGAAAGAACAUUGCUCACAGCUAUCCUUCUCAUCACCAUGGCAAUGGACCACAAGGAUAUGGACCAAGCCGGCAUUCUCAUGGACAUCCUCCAGAUCACCACCCAAGAGGUCCAGGACACAGACCAGGUGGUCCAGGACCUAUGCAUGCCAGCAAGAUUGCAGAUAUGGGUCGUGGUGAAGGGUAUGGCAGGCCAGCAAUCCUCAAACCAGAAGAUAUACAGGCAAUGGCAGAUAAUGAUGAAGAGGAGGAAGGCGGGUGGGCUGGUGCUCAGGAUGAAGUUGAUUACGCUGCAAAGCUGGACUUUGAAGACUUUGAUGAUGAUGAAAAGCCUUCUAGUGAAGCAUCUACUAAACCUGAGAGAGAAACUGCAAGUGGUGAACCAGAAACAAGAUGGCAAAGCAAUGAAGGCAGAACUGGUAAAGAAAUGGGACCACCUCCAGCACGAUCAGCCUGGACUGAAUCAUCAGGGACGCCCCAUCCUUAUUCUGAAAACAGGCAAGUUCCUCAAGGUCCUGGAGUUAGGCCCUUUGAAAGCAGAGGCUCUCCUCCUGCUCCAGGGUGGCCAAUGCCCUACCCUCAACAUUUGUCUGUGCAGCAGAGAGGAGGGCAACCAGUUCAUCCUCCUACCCCAGUUAGUUCUGAUCAAGGGCAAUCAGUACCCAAGUCAGAAGAACCAGUUGUGAAUGAAUGGCAGAAACGCAGAGUAAAGCAGCAAGAGGAAAUGCGUGCUGCAGUAGAGAGGGCUAGGAAAAGGCGAGAGGAAGAGGAAUUAAGGAGACAAGCAGAGCAGAAGGCAGCUGCAACAGCCAAACUUAAGGAACUAGAAUUAAAAAGGGUGAGAAGGGAGAGUGCAAAAGAAGGAGAUGAUGCUUGGGCAGAAGAACUGGAUUCCAUUGAAAAAGAUAUUCGUAGUAAAGACACUUUGAAUGAGCAAGGAAUGUCAGAAAGUCCUAGUAGAGACUCUGAACUGCAGAACUUAGCAGUGAACCAACAGGAUGGUGUCUCAAUUCGAAAUGAGCUUCCAGAACAUGUCAAUAGGCAGAGAAAUGACAGUGAAUCCAGUGAUGCUUCUAGAUCCAGUGCAUCAAGGGGUUCACGACCUCAUCACCACCCACCAAGAGACAUUCCACCUCGUUUCCAGCAGCAGCAACUUAGGCAGCAACAGCAGCAACAGCAGCAACACUUCCAGCAGCAACAGCAUUAUCAGCAACAACAACCAUAUCCACAGCAGUAUCCACAUCACCAACAGCACCACCAGCAGCAGCAGCAGCUGGCUAGGUCUCCACAACUCAGAGAGUUCCCGGAGGGACUGCCAUCAGUUACCAGUCAUUAUCCAAUGGUUGAUUCAGGUCCUGUUUCACCUUCGCAACCCUUUAAACCUGAUCAGCCUGUCAGGAGAAUAAUGAAACGCUCUGAUAGUAGUAGCACAGCUGGAGAUGAUAUAGCAAGUGUCAAGUCGCUUGAAAGUGGCACUGGUGAGCCAAAUAGAGAAAGUGAAAAGCGAACACCCCCUGGUCCACCUGAUAAGCCUGUCAAGUCAGACAAAACUGAGGAACAAGCAAAAGAGAGUUCUAUUGAAACUAGUAGACCAAAUGGCAAUAUAGUGGAGAGGAAGCCAGAUGACCAGGACAUGCCAGUGUUUGAUGAGGUUAAAAGUUUCAGGUCGGGUGAUACGAGGCAAAGAAAACAAAGUGACUCUGACAAGCCACGGCUUUCUGAAUCUAACAAAGAAAAUGUGGCUUCAAAGGAGAGGGUACAUGAAAAAAGAGAGAGGAAAGACAGUCCUGAUAGUGCAUCAAAGCCUAUUCCUGAGAAAAGAGACCAGGCAAGAGACAGACGAGAAGAAAGACGUAGUUCAAAACGAGAUACGAGACCGCAGGAUAACAGACGUAGUGAAGACUUCAAAGACCUGGGAAAACGAAAGCGUGAUGAUAAUGAAGAUGGAGGACAAUUGCCUGAGAGAAGGGGAAGAUUCGCUGGUCGUGGUGAAACAAAACGUGAACGGUUUUCAGAAUCUCAUGGUCAUGGUAGGGUUAGUUUCCCUGUACGGGGCCAUGGCCGUGGUACUGGUGGUAAUACUACUAGUUAUCGAGGUCGUGGAAGAGGAGAGAGGGGAGUUAGAGAUGGUAGAGAUUUCAAGGAAAGCAAACCAACCAGAGCACGAGAACCAAGACCUUCACCACCUGUGAAAACUGUUAAGGAUGAACCGAAAGAGAAAGAAGAGGACAAGGAAAUUGUAGUGGCAAAGGAGAACACCAAUACUGUUCCUAAUGAGAAUGCUAAGAAAGUUCAUGACGUUGCUAUCACCGUUAAGCAUGAAAAGGUUUUAGAAAGUAGUUCUUCACAAGCUGAAAAAGAUGUCAAGGAGCCCAUAAAGAGAGAAGAAAAGCCUCUUGCUGAGGAAAAGAAGGACCAAGAGAAUUCUUUGGUGCAUGGAAGCAAAGUUGGGGAAGAUAAAGACUUGUCUUCAAAAGUACCUGACAAGGAUGCUGAAAAAUCAAAAGGAGAAGAUGAUGCAAGAAAGAAAACGGAAAGCUGUAGAGAAGCUAGUGAUACGAAACCAAAGGGACGUGGUGGCUUUGGAAAGCCUGGUCAAUAUUCACAUGAUUCUAGAAGUGGAGGCAAUCAGGACAAACGACCUGGAGGCAGGAAGUUCACUGAUAAGAGGCGAACACCUCAGGAGAGUGGCAGAGAUCGUGAUUGGGACUAUGAUGAAAAGCGCCCUGCACGAAAUUAUAACAGAGACCAAACAAACCAAAGAUCCACAGGACGGGAUAGAGGUGGGCGGGAAAAGGAACAGAAAUCCCACCAGUUUCAACACGAUGACAGGGACUCUGGAAACAGGCGUUCCUUUCAGGAUGACAGGACGAAAAGGAACAGUGUAAAGGAUAAUGAUCAGCAACAUUUAAGGCAGAGAGAUGAGAGGAACCAAAGAGGUGGUUACCGUUCAUCCCGUGGCCGCUUUGGCAAGCCACCUGUACGGACAGGGAUGCGUGGAGGCAGAUCAAAUCAGCCUGUAGGAAGCGGACGAUUUGGAAAUAACUACAGACGUUCAAAAUCAACAGAUGAAGAACUUUCAGAUGAUUAUGACAGUGACACAAGCAGUUACACAACUGCUACCUCUGCAUCUGAAGAAAGAAGGGAUGAGAAGUCCAGUGAUGUAGAAAAAGAGAAUGAUACAAAGAGAGGAAAGGAGAGUGGCACGGCUAUUGAUAAAUCGAGACCUAGUUUACGUUCUGCAAGAUCUCCUAUUCGUGGAAAGGUGUCAACACGUGCUGGAGGGCGAGGUACUGGUGGGUUUGGUAGAAGUAGGAGAGAAGUGGAACGGCCACCCCGUUUCCAGAAGCAACAGGAAAGGGAACGUGCAAACAUGGGUAGAGGCCUUUCUCAUGGGUUGCGACCUGGUGAGGGAAGAGAAAGUGGUCCUGGCAGAGGUAGGGGGAGAGGUAGAGGUAGAAGAGAGCAACUUCCAAAAGAAUCACCUGAAGGACCAGGUAUACCAGUUACAGAGGACUGGGAUGAAGAACUUGGUGAUACCCAGAAGGAAAGCUCGUCCUUAAGAAGUGAUAAGCCAGGAGGUCGACGAGAGUCUGCGCCACGGAGAGGUUUCCCUGCUCCACGCUCCUCGGCAGACAGGACAAGGAAAGACAAGAACAGAGAACCUGGCGGGACACGCAACACAUCAUCUAGACGAGAGCCUUUUUUAGUGGAAAGGCAGCAGGCAAAGGUUGAAGGUUCCAAAUUUGCAAGUGGGGAACCUCGGGCACCUUUGCCUGCUGCUAGAAAUGGUUUUAGCAAGGAUGGGAACCGGAGAUUGGACAUGCAAGGACAUGUUUACAGUACUGGACUGGAUAGUAUCAACACUGGGGUUGCUGAGAACAAAUUGCCAAGAAAGCAAGAAGCUCCUGUAAGGAAGACUGAUAUUCAACAGUUUGACUUGCAUAACAUUGCUGGAGUCAUCUGCAUUGAUGACAUGACUGAUGAUGACUCGGACAUCUCUUCAACUCUCAGUGGCUUUGUUGAAGUAACAUCUCGUCGAACUCAAAAAGAGAACAAAGACAGGCAGCGCGAAGAAGAAGAAAGAAAGAAAAAGAUGGAUGAACAAAACAGGCAACGUGGUAAUCAAACGGGAAAUAAAAAGAAUCAAUCAUCAAAGCCUCCAAGGUUCAGUAAGCAGCAUAUGCCACAGGCCAACACUCAGAGUAAAGCGCCUGGAAUAAUUGGAAAAGUGACAUCCACUGCUAUUUCAGAGGCAGGCAUUGGACCUACUAUUACAGGAUCGAACAGCAAUCCGUCCAGUGCAAAUUCCACCAAGCGUAACAGCCCAGUUACUGUGGAAAGACCAGUGUCACCUCCGCCACCUCCAGUCUUUAAUGCAUGGGACAAACCUCUCAUUGUUACCCCUGCCAAACCACCAGGUGUGACUCCUGUGGUGACGUCUUCCAUUCCUGAUCCUCUCGCAGUUGGAAGUGGUAAGCCAUCCUCUACACGACCUGUCCAACCGGGAACAGUUCUCUCUUCUGCUGCCUCUUUGAUUGAAGACAUAAGUGUAGAAGAUGACUAUAUUGCCAUGACGAAGGAAAUUGCUUUACUGGCACCUCCAGAGGAACCAGAAGAGAACGAGGAACCCGUACAGAUUGUUCCUAAAACGAAACCAAAAGUAGAAAGUAGAGACCAAACUUCGGAGAAAAGUGGAAAGACUAGUGAUUCCUCGGAGAAAAGAUCACAGCCUAAACCUCACCGUGAAAAGCCACCAAGAUUUGACCGAAGUGGCAAGCGAAAAGUUGCUUCAAGCUCAGAUGAAACAAAAAGAGAACAGUUAAGUGGUUCCAGGGCAAGAAAGAGCAGCCGUGACAACAUGAUGUCUCAGAAGCCAUCUAAAGGAUCAGGGGGUACUGCAGUGAAAGGAAAGAUGGUCACAUCAUCCAACAAUCAGCAACAGUCAGCUUCAACCGAAGGUGAAAUUCCGGAUGAUAUAGAGGCUUCUAAAGAGGUUCAAGAAUCUGAGGAAUAUGACACUACAGCUGCUGGAGACAUGGUAACAAAUGCUUUUGAUGAAGGAAGUGAAGAAAAAGAUGAUGUGAAGGAAAGCGAGGAGCAAGAUGUAAAAGAUGACUCUGAAAGUGAAUCAAGCAGAAAGGACUCCGAACCUGAUCUGAACGUGGAUUCUGUCGAGAGAAACGAUGACACGGACAACCUAUUCACUGCAGGAACUCUCUCAGUGGACAUUCGCGAAAGACCAACCGCUGACAGACCAGACCGGGAGCCAUCUCCAGUAUCACCAGCUAUUUUUGAAAUGACAAAGAAGAUGGAAGCAUCAAGGAAACUUUGGGAAGGUGGGCUUGGUAUUGGACGUGCAAGCAAUCCGGUGGCUGCUUGGGAGGAGACCUUGCGCCCAUCUGCGAGUGUUAGUUCAUCGAUUGUGGGUAUGUCUGUCGUGGAGUCUACAGAGUCGAGGCUAAGUGAUGAUCAAGUUACUGUAUCUAAAUCCCAAAGCGAAUUGGAAAGCAAUUCUGUUAAGGUCGAUUCCAAACCUCCUGAUGGUAUAAACUUUCCCAAGAAAACUGGAUCAGGGGAGCAGCAAAAUGUUUGUAAAGUGAAGCCCCAACAGCAACAACAGCAGCCAGUUAAACCUCAACAGUCAUCGUCCAUUGUUCCUCAACCUACGGAGGAGAACCGUCAAACUGAGUUGAACACUGUCCCAUCAAACCAGCCUUUGUUAGCACAGGACCACUUGCUUCAUCAGCAAGCAAUCCCACGCUAUGCAUUUCCUUUUGUCGGCCAAUUUGUGGAUUUGCAGCAGAGACAAACGUAUCUACAACAACAGCAGCUUCAACAGCUUCAACAAACCAAUCAACAGGUGACGCCAACCUUUCCCCUUACCCAUGUACAGCAAGUAAACCAGGCGCGGUCGUCAUCUUCACCCCUGUCCCAAGCUACUCAAGAUGUGUACCAGUCGCCAUUCCUGGCUGGUGGUGUCUACUCGGCAGGGAAUUUCCAGGGAUCUCAACCUUUCGUGUCCAUUGCUCUGUUGCCUUCCACAACAACUCAGUCGUUUGUGACCUCUGCAGCAAGGACCCAGACAACAUCGUUGAUGGGGAUUCAGGGUCAGCAGCCAAAGACUGCGAGUGGAUCAGUCUUUCCACAGACUGUAAACCCUCAAGGGACACAGGCCAUGUACAUGCAGUUUGAUCCUAAAACAUUAAGAGGGGGACCACCACUUUUUAAUCCGACCCAGCACCCACAGUCCACUCAGAGACAUGUUUUGGGAGCUCAGUCUGGAAUCGUGGGAGAGAAUGUGCCACGACAGGGUGGUUUUCCAACCGCCCAAUCAACACACCAGCCAUUCCAAGGAACUUACCCUUUCCAGCAGAAGCAAGGCACGUACGACGUUUCACAAGAUGUGCAGAUGAAGAAAACAUCCGAACAAAUUGCAGAUUUUAACCGGCAGUCUGAAUUGGUGAAACAUGUUAAUGCCAAGCCUUUUGAACCUCCAAAGAGGUCAACUCCUGGUUCUGCGCCAUCCAGCAACACAGCGAUUGGUCCUAUGGUGUCAUCAGCAUUUGCCCGAAAUCCAAACUUGAUGGCUAUUCGGCCCAGCGCUCCAGAACUUGGAGGAUCAUCUCAGAGUCCCCCAGUAUCAACAUCCCUUAUUUCAGGCAGACCAGUGUCCAUGUCACCUGUUGACCCAGGUGUUCCCUUUCCUGGUGCUGUUGGAACUUUUCCUAAGCAUGCAGCAUUAGGUCAGUUUCAAGUGCAACAGCAACCUCAAGGAGUGCAGCCACAGCAGUUCACUCCGUUUCAGCAGCAGCCAGUGAGUAUUCAGCAUACUCUUCAGAUUAGAGCUCAAGGACAGCAGCAACAGCAAGGUGUAAAUCAGUUGCCAGGUGCUGCAGCCACCAUUUUACCAAAUCCCGCUGUCAUGGCCGCAACGAUGCCAAGGCAACUUAUUCGUGCACCAGGCCUUGGCACAAUAGGAGUUGGUGGAACACAACCCAGUGCAACAAGUGCACAGCGAUUUCCCGCCCCGAUCCAGCGCCCAAUGACAUCCUUAAUGCAUGGAGUACCUCAAAUGCAAACCCCGCGUGGACCUCAUGGGCAAACGGCAUCACCACCGCAAAUGGUGCCUACAAAACAACAAGUCGUGUCAAACAGACCACCAAUGCCGCCUCAAUCCUUGCCACACCAGGACCCGAUGGCGGCUGCCUUCAAGAUAGAACAACAUCACAAGAUGUUGGAACAGACAAGAAUGUUCUUUGCGCAACAGGGACAGCAACAACAGCAGCGGGUCUUGCCAAUGAACAUCCAAGCUGAUCAGCAAGGAAAAGCUGUCAUCAGCUUACAAGAAGACAAACCAACCGUGAAAGGACAAGUACCAAGAGAACACCAGAAACCACAAGAGAAGAAAGAAGAAACUAAAUCUCACAAUAUAGAAGCUAAUCCAAGAAACAGAAAAACCAGUUCUGAACAACCAAAUAAGACGUCAAAGACAACCAAAUUAGACUCGAAGCCAGAAGAAAGCAGCAAAGACAAGAACAUCGCAAUAAAGCAGGAUGGUAAAGGCGCUGCUAACAAGAGCAGUAGCCUCGUUCGCAUUCAGCCCCUACCUAUGUCAGCAAGGAACAGGCCAAACAGGCCCCGUGGCCCUCCACGAAUGCCGGGUUCUAUGCCUACUAACAAAGCCAAGAUCUCUGGACGACCAGAGAAAGAAGCUAAAAAUAUAGUUCCGGACCAGCCUAGUGAAUCUCCAAGCCCCAAGAGUUCAGAUCAGGCUAAAACGUCCAAUGCGCAAGCCGUACCACCACUAAGUGUCAACAAAAGUUAAAGAAAAACGUUUUUUAAUAUGCCGAUAUUUUCGGUUAUUUUAUUUGUCUGCCCAGCGAGAACUUGCUGUUGUGGUACAAACCACAUACUGGGAAAAGUAUAUUAUCGUACAAUUGAUUAUGAAAGUGUUUGUAAUCUUAGCAGUUUGAAAGGUCUUCCCUUUGGGAAUACUCGCGUAGUCGUUUUCUUCCUAAUUGUUGUUCUCAUUGCCGCAACACUGUAAAUUAGUCCAUGGAAUGUUUGUACAGAGGCUUGCGAUGAGUUAAUUUAUUAUUAUUAUUAUUAUUAUUAUUAUUAGGCUUUCUCGACCUAAAAGAGGUGAGGCAUUUCACCCCUGGAAGUUCGAGCAUUUUUUGUGAUAAGGCUAAGAAUAAAACAGAUUCAGGAAUGUC